CCUCUCCCACAACACCCAUAAGGACAUCUCGAAGCUACAAAGCUCUUAACUUUCAAGGGGAAAAUAAUAAAUAGCUGUGAUCUGUGACCAAGGCUCUCUCUCUCUAAGGUCGUGCAAGUCAAGAAAUCAUGAGUUGGAACGCGGGAGGCGUCGAUGAUGCCCACUGGAACGAGGGGGGUGAAACAUGGAACGGUACGGUGGAACAGAUUGGAUAUGAUGUCGGUGACUUUGGUGAAAAUGAGGUUGGAGGCAAAGAUGAUGCUUGCCGCAAUUGUGGUCAGUCUGGCCAUUUCGCCCGCGACUGCACUGAGCCUCGCAAAGCCACCGGAGCGUGUUUCAACUGUGGUGAAGAAGGCCACAACAAGGCGGAAUGCACGAAGCCUCGUGUUUUCAAGGGGCACUGUCGAAUAUGUGAGAAGGAAGGCCAUCCUGCCUCUGAGUGCCCCGAAAAACCGGCGGAUGUCUGCAAGAACUGCAAGGAGGAAGGCCAUAAAACUAUGGAAUGCACCCAGAAUCGCAAGUUCGACCAGCACCAUAUUCCAGAUAAACUCCCGGAACAGGCAUGGGCGAUUCUCAAGAAAGCUAGCGACGAAAAGGAUCUUGAGGACUUUCGUGAGGGUAUGAAAGUAUACUCCAAGGCAGUUCCGCUGGCGACGUUCGACCAAAUUGAGAAGAAGAUGAGAGAAGAGAACUUCAAAGUGUAUCUCAUUGGCCUCGAGAAGGAGAUCACCGACUGUCACACUCUGAUUAAUCUUCAGGGAAAGUUGAACUGCAAAUACGUUGUCGGUUACUACUUCAGUGAUAAACCCCAACGUCCCAGCCUCAAAGAGCGCUGGCCAGAGUCACCCGAAGAGAAUCUAAAGCGCCUUGUCGAUGCUGGCAUCCCGCUUGACCGCCAGAUUCCUAAAUGUGGCAACUGUGGACAAAUGGGACAUGGACCGCGCGCAUGCCCAGACGAGCGUUCAGUCGUCGAGAAGGUCGAGGUUAAGUGUGUUAAUUGUAACGGAAUAGGACAUCGUGUUCGUGAUUGCACGGAGAAACGCGUUGACAAGUUUAGCUGCCGUAACUGCGGUCAACCCGGUCAUCGUUCGUCUGAAUGUACCGAGCCCCGUUCAGCUGAAGGAGUGGAAUGCAAAAAAUGCAACGAAGUUGGCCAUUUCGCUAAGGACUGCCCUCAGGGCGGCUCCAGAGCCUGUCGCAAUUGCGGCGAGGAGGGUCACAUUUCCAAGGAGUGUGACAAACCUCGCAAUCCGGAUACAGUUACCUGCCGUAACUGCGAAGAAGUUGGUCAUUUCAGUCGCGACUGCACCAAGAAGAAGGACUGGUCUAAGGUUCAGUGCAACAACUGCAAAGAGAUGGGCCAUACGAUCCGGCGCUGCCCCAAACAAGCAGAAGAAGGCGAUGGCUACGGCGACGGCGGCUUCGCCAACAACCCAGUGGACGACAUGGGCUCAACCUGGCAAGAUGAUGAUGGGGUCCAAGAUAACACACCUAGCUGGAUGAAUGCCGGCGAUGGCGGCACGACUGUCCCCGCCUGGUAGAUCGGCUCAAACGGGCCGUUCCAUUAGCGCGGCAAAUUGAGCUGAGCAACUGCCUUUUGCUCUGAUGGUGGAGGUUGGCAAGCCUGGCUAGAACCGAAGGGCCAGUGUACUUUGCUAGGGCUAAUUAGAAUGAUGAUGAAGGACAGGGAGGAGGGAGCGAGUACUGAGAGGCCUCGGAAAUGUGGUUGGUGGUUAACACGAGAAAAAGAAAAAAAGAAAGAAAAAGAAAAGAAAAGAAAACAAAAAAGAAAAAGAAAUUCACAGAAAAAAGCAAUGAAAAGUUCAGGGGGGAAAAAAGAAAAAGGAGAAGAGAGUGAGAGGGGAAAAACAUGCUGGGAAUAUAUGGCUGGGUUAGUCUGACCAUCUUCCAAUAGAGCAAUGAAAAUGAUUCCCUGGUCUGGAA